AGUGUAAAUAACGGACUGUUUUAGGAUGUCUAUACACAAAAGAUGGACAACAAAGAGAAGUACAAUUUUUGUAAUAUCAUGCUGACAUGGUCUGUCAUGUUUCAGAGCAUCAGUCGCUCCUCUGAACUCGUGUGUGCGCGCGCGGUCACCAGUGGGUGGUGUCAACACGCGCUAUAAAUAGGCUAUACAUUUUGUCUGACUGUUAAAAAAAACUUUUUUUCCUUUUCACCCGAGCUUUUUCAGAGAUGAAGAAGAUGAUGCUCAGAAGUGGUUUGUGGACUGAAGUGGAAUUCUUUUGGAAGACGUUUUUAAUUUAAAAACUCGGAUACCGCGUCUGGCAACUUGUUCACAUAUCGGUUGCGCGCUCAGAGAGGACGCUGGCAAAAUGGCAAAACUGUUCCCUGGUGUUCUUUUGUUAAUUCUGAGUUUGUUAGACAUUUUUACCGUGGGUGCAUCAUUAUCCAGGACAGGAGACCUGCACUCAUCUCCAGUCUUCUCUGACGAUUCGAACAGUGCUUUACAUCAGCAGCAGACAGAAGCAGAGCUCAUUUCAACAUCACACACCCACACAAGAUCCAAGCGCUGCACUUGCUACUCCUUUAAGGACAGGGAAUGUGUUUAUUACUGUCACUUGGGCAUCAUCUGGAUCAACACCCCACAGCGCACAGUCCCGUAUGGCAUGUCCAGCUACCGCAGCCCUCAGCGUCUGAGACGCUCCAGUGGGGCAGUGCUUCAUCGCUGCACAUGUGCAGACCACAGUGAUGCCCAGUGCUACAACUUCUGUAAUGCAAGAACACGGAAUGUGCCUGACAGAAGAUUGAAAGGACGUCCACCUGGGUAAAAACACGUCACAGCUUGAGCCUCUGAGAUCAGGACUGAUGAUCAGCAUCAAACGGGCACCUAACUAGGUGGUUUUGGAUUUUUACAGACUUGGCUCGAAACCUACCCCACAUUCCUCACCGUGUUAUAUUUCCUGGAACACCCUUGAUUCAUCUGGACCACGGUAACAAGUGAAUUCUUUAGAAAACUCUUUGCAGAUUUCGGAAGCAUAUCUGGGACCCUCGUCCUUGUUUCAAGGGUUAUGUCCACUUGUUUCAGCUUGACUUUACGUCUAAUAUUCAGUGGAUGUCCUUGAAUUUAGGAGGCUUGGAAAUAAACCUGCGCAUUAUCUCCACUUUGCGGGCUGAUUUUUAGAGAGCACACAGAUGGAUUACUGGGUGAAGAUGGAGAUGAAGGGGGUCUUGAAUUUUUACACACACUGAGGCUUCUACACUUUGGUUGAUAGCAGAAAACUAGAUAUGACAUUUUAUAUUCCUAAGAUGGUUUUGAGCUCAAAUCUUAUUAUUCAUGCAUAAAAUUAUGGGUCCACUGAGACUAGUACUGAAAGCUGAAUAUUAAAGUAAAUGGUCUAUUACUCUAAUACUACACAAAAUACCAUAAAUAUAUAUGGCAUAUACCUCCUGCAGGUACCAAAGCAUUUAAAAAAAAAACUUACAUUAAGCACCUUUGGAUGGCUUAUCAGCAAUAAUAAUUUGUUGUAAUUUCACUACUAUUUAAUUUUCACUUUGUAAACAAAUAUUUUCAUUUUCAUAAACACUUUUGAAUAAUAAAUGGUCAUUUUACAAUGUUAUUAAUGACAAGCUUGAUUUAUCUUGCGUUUUAACAGUUCUGUAUCAUCUAAGGUGUAUCCUUAACCAUGUUUAGUUGCUUUGGUUAGUUUUCCUUUAAAGAUGUAAUUCAUUGCUGGCAAGACAGGGAUUUAAUAAAAGUUGGCUGCCUAUGCAGCACAAAGACAGUUUUUUAAAACCAGUACUAUUAGGCUAGAAAACGGGCUGUGAAGAAAAAAGGUAGGAAAACUAAAACAUCCAUAAUGCAUUGGGCUCAAUUAAACUAUUCGUGAGCAGGGAUAUAAAAAUGAGGAAGUACGAUCUGUAUAGUUUUCAGAAGUCAACACCCCAUACAUAUUUUAAAUAUAGUUUUUUUGUUUGUUUGUUUGUUUGUUUAUCUGCUUUUUUACAAAACCUAAUAUUAUUUCACAGUACAUUAAUUUUAUAGUAUGUUCAUUAUGUUCAUAAACUGUAUUACUGUGAGCCGUCCUCAGACUAAUAGUGUUUGCAGAGACAUGAAUGUAAAUGAAAAUAUUCGGUAGGCGUAAAUGUUGUAAAGUACAAAGAAGAUACAGUUUAUUUCUGUUUACUGACACAAUGGUUAAUGCCAGUCUAGUUUUUAAGGCAUACAUGACAUGGCAUGAUAUGAUAACAGCAUAUGACCCAGCCUGUAUGUUUGGUUAUUUUCAGAUGAUAACAUUGGUUGAAUUUAACAGGUUGUGCACAGUAUUUGAUGAUCAUUCAUACUAUGUCAUGUAUUAUAUAUACCAUUUUUUUAUUUAAAUAUAUAUUUAUUUUUAUUUAAUGCUGUUUCAUCUCUGUGCUUGAUCAGAUUUCUUGUUGACAUUAAGUGGCAAUUUCAUCUGCCACUCUUUAAUGUUUUUCAUAUGCCAGUUUUUAAUAACCUUUGUAGAUAGUUUACAUAGGACUUUCUGAUCUAGAACAUUCUCAGUAUGUCCCCUUGCUUUUCUUGAAACUUGAGCUUUUGGCUUAGGUAGGAGAAAUUGUGUGUUUUGCAUUAUGCAUAAAAUUCUUAGCACAAACAUCAGAACAGUGUCAGAUAUGGCAGCCCCAAAGAAGUUUUUACAACAUCCUACAAAAACCAAAAUGUUUCAACAACUAUAACUGUUAGAGAUGUUGGAUGAAAAAUUGUUUUGCCUGAGAAAUUGCAAUUAUAGCAAAGAAUGUGCUGAUGGUAUUCCAUUCGUGAACAAAUACAUCUGUUUUUGUGAGAUGUGGCAUAUAGUAGGAUUGUGCAUAACAUUUCAUCUUUGUUUUUGAAUAUUGUCAGUCCAGUUGCUAUGUGCUGCUGUUGUGGCUUUAAUAAUUUAAAGGGGGUUAAAUCUGGGUUAGAUUAAAAUAUUGACAGCAUAUGUGACAUGCAUGUCCUUCAGCUUGUAAAAAUAAAGACAAUGCUUAAAACAACUUUAAAUUUUAGUAAUUCAAAUAUGGCUUUUAUUGAAAUAUGCAGUCAUACAGUCUGUUUUCUAUUGUAGUAUUUUAAAAGGUGUUUUAUUCUUCUGAUGUCAAAGCUGAAUUUUCAGUAUCAUUACUCCAGUCUUCAGUGUCACAUGAUCCUUCAGAAAUCAUUAUAAUAUGCUGAU